CUCUCCAGCAAAGGGUACUUGAAGAUGUCCCCAGUCCUUCACUUCUAUGUCCGUCCCUCGGGCCAUGAGGGUGCUUCCUCUGGACGCAUUCAAAGGAAGCUGCAAGAACAGCUGCCAGAACUGCAAGGAGUCAAAAUGGAGCUUUGCUACAACGUGGACUGGACAGCUGAAUCCCUCCCAAGCACUGAGGAGAUGAAGAAGUUGAAAUGGCUGUUUGGCUGCCCUUUGUUGCUGGAUGAUGUUGCUCAUGAGUCCUGGUUCUUACCCUGCCCCAAUGACCUGGUGCUGGAGGUCGGGCCCAGGCUGAACUUCUCCACCCCAACAUCUACCAACAUUGUGUCGGUAUGCCUGGCCGCUGGACUGGGGACAGUUAACCGUGUGGAGACCACUCGUCGCUACUGGCUCUCGUUUGCCCACUCACCUCCGCCUGUAGUGAAGACUGUUGCCCUGGGCAUCCUGCAUGAUCGGAUGACGGAGCAGUACUUCCCUCAACCCAUCCAAAGUUUCUCCCCUGACUGUUCCCCGGCACCCCUCAAUGGCCCCAUCGAUAUACUGGGCGAGGGCCGGCCUGCCCUAGAGAAGGCCAAUCAGAAGCUAGGUUUGGCCCUAGACUCCUGGGACCUGGAUUUCUACACCAAGCGCUUCCAGGAGCUGCAGCGGAACCCCAGCACUGUGGAGGCCUUUGACUUGGCUCAGUCCAACAGCGAGCACAGCCGGCACUGGUUCUUCAAGGGUCGGCUCCACGUGGAUGGGCAGGAGCUGGCUCACUCACUGUUUGAGUCCAUCAUGAGCACCCAGGCAUCUUCCAACCCCAACAACGUCCUCAAGUUCUGUGACAACAGCAGUGCAAUUCGGGGAAAGGAAGUCAGAUUUCUGCGGCCUGAGGACCCUACACAGCCAAGCUGCUUCCAGGAACAGCAGGGCCUGAGACAUGUUGUCUUCACAGCAGAGACCCACAACUUUCCCACAGGAGUAGCCCCCUUCAGUGGUGCUACCACGGGUACUGGGGGCCGGAUCCGAGAUAUCCAGUGCACAGGCCGAGGGGCCCAUGUUGUGGCUGGUACUGCUGGCUAUUGCUUUGGAAACCUGAACAUUCCAGGUUACAGUCUGCCCUGGGAGGAUUCGAGCUUCCUGUAUCCUGGGAAUUUUGCUCGGCCCCUGGAAGUUGCCAUUGAAGCCAGUAAUGGAGCUUCUGACUACGGCAACAAGUUUGGGGAACCAGUACUGGCAGGCUUCGCUCGUUCCUUGGGCCUCCAGCUUCCAGGUGGCCAGCGGCGUGAGUGGAUCAAGCCCAUCAUGUUUAGCGGAGGCAUUGGGUUCAUGGAAGCUGAGCACGUGAGCAAGGAGGCCCCGGAGCCAGGCAUGAAGGUUGUGAAGGUUGGGGGUCCUGUGUACAGGAUUGGAGUUGGGGGAGGAGCAGCUUCAUCUGUGCAGGUGCAGGGCGACAACACCAGUGACCUGGACUUCGGUGCUGUGCAGCGAGGAGACCCAGAGAUGGAACAGAAGAUGAACCGUGUGAUCCGGGCUUGUGUGGAGGCUCCCAGGGGGAACCCAAUCUGCAGUCUUCAUGACCAGGGUGCCGGUGGCAAUGGCAACGUCCUGAAGGAACUCAGUGACCCAGCUGGAGCUGUCAUUUACACCAGCCGCUUCCAGCUCGGGGACCCGACCUUGAAUGCCCUAGAAAUCUGGGGGGCUGAGUACCAGGAGUCCAAUGCACUGCUUCUGAGGCCCCCCCACCGGGACUUUCUGAAUCGGGUCAGUGCCCGGGAACGCUGCCCGGCCUGCUUCGUGGGCACCAUCACCGGAGACCAGAGAAUAGUGCUGGUGGAUGAUCGGGAGUUUCCUGUGGGAAUAAAUGGCCAGGGAGAUGCCUUCCCCUCAUUGCCUUCCCCAACCCCUGUGGACCUGGAGCUGGAGUGGGUACUAGGCAAGAUGCCUCGGAAGGAGUUCUUCCUCCAGAGGCAACUUCCUGUGCUGCAGCCGCUGGCCUUGCCCCCAGGGCUGAGUGUGCGCCUGGCACUAGAUCGGGUGUUGAGGCUGCCAGCUGUGGCCAGCAAGCGCUACCUCACCAAUAAGGUGGAUCGCUCUGUGAGCGGCCUAGUGGCCCAGCAACAGUGUGUCGGGCCACUGCAGACUCCUCUGGCAGACGUAGCAGUUGUGGCUCUGAGUCACCAGGAGCUUGUGGGGGCUGCCACGGCCCUGGGGGAGCAGCCAGUCAAGAGCCUGCUAGACCCUAAGGUUGCUGCCCGGCUGGCUGUGGCGGAGGCCCUCACCAACUUGGUGUUUGCUUCAAUCACUGACCUCCGGGACGUGAAGUGCAGUGGGAAUUGGAUGUGGGCAGCCAAGCUCCCAGGAGAGGGAGCCGCUCUGGCCGAUGCCUGUGAGGCUAUGGUGACAGUGAUGGCAGCCCUGGGCGUGGCAGUAGACGGCGGCAAGGACUCCCUCAGCAUGGCUGCCCGGGUGGGCACUGAGACUGUAAAGGCUCCCGGGGCACUGGUCAUCUCAGCCUAUGCUGUGUGUCCGGACAUCACAGCCACUUUGACCCCAGACCUGAAGCAGCCUGGAGGAAGAGGUCGUCUGCUGUACGUGCCUCUGAGCCCUGGGCAGCACCGGCUGGGGGCCACAGCUCUGGCCCAGUGCUUCUCCCAGCUUGGGGAACAGCCUCCUGACCUGGACAUUCCUGAGAACUUGGUGCGUGCCUUUAGUGUCACCCAGAGACUGCUGAAAGAUCGCCGUCUCUGCUCAGGCCAUGAUGUCAGUGAUGGAGGUCUCAUCACCUGCCUACUUGAGAUGGCCUUUGCUGGGAAUUGUGGCAUAGAGGUCGACGUGCCUGCCCCUGGGGUCGACGCACUGCCUGUGCUGUUUGCUGAAGAGCCCGGCCUGGUGCUGGAGGUGCACCAGCCAGACAUGGCCCAUGUGCUGAAGUGUUACCGGGAUGCUGGCCUGCAGUGCCUGGAGCUGGGCCACACGGGUGAUGCUGGGCCCCAUGCCAUGGUAUGGGUGUCAGUGAAUGGGGCUGUGGUUUUGGAGGAGCCUGUUGGGCAGCUUCGAGCUCUCUGGGAGGAGACGAGUUUCCAGCUGGACCGCUUGCAGGCAGAACCGAGCUGUGUGGCAGAGGAGGAGAAGGGGCUGAGGGAGCGAACAGGGCCCAGCUACUGCCUGCCCCCCACCUUUCCCACAACUUCUGUGUCCCGGGAACCUGGUGGCCCUGCCCCUCGAGUUGCCGUCUUGCGAGAGGAGGGCAGUAAUGGAGACCGGGAGAUGGCUGAUGCCUUCCAUUUGGCCGGGUUUGAGGUGUGGGAUGUGACCAUGCAGGAUCUUUGCUCUGGGGCCAUCGGGCUGGACACUUUCCGAGGUGUGGCCUUCGUGGGUGGCUUCAGCUAUGCAGAUGUGCUGGGCUCUGCCAAAGGGUGGGCAGCUGCCGUGACCUUUCAUCCAAAGGCUGGACCUGAGCUACGGCGCUUCCGUAAGCGGCCAGAUACCUUCAGCCUGGGUGUGUGCAACGGCUGUCAGCUUCUGGCUUUGCUGGGCUGGGUGGGGAGCGACCCCAGCGAAAAGGUCAAGGAGAUGGAGUAUGACAGCAGGCCAGCCCAGCCAGGCCUCCUGCUGCGUCACAACCUGUCUGGGCGUUACGAGUCUCGCUGGGCCAGUGUGCGUGUGGGGCCUGGACCAGCCCUAAUGCUACGAGGAAUGGAGGGUGCUGUGCUGCCUGUGUGGAGCGCCCAUGGGGAAGGCUACAUGGCAUUUUCUUCUCCAGAACUCCAAGCCCAGAUCGAGGCCAGGGGCUUAGCUCCAUUGCAUUGGGCAGAUGAUAGUGGGAACCCCACAGAGCAAUACCCCCUGAAUCCAAACGGCUCCCCAGGGGGUGUGGCUGGUGUCUGUUCCCCUGAUGGUCGCCACCUGGCACUCAUGCCUCAUCCUGAGCGAGCUGUGAGGCCUUGGCAAUGGGCAUGGCGGCCCCCUCCGUUUGAUACACUGACCACUUCUCCCUGGCUCCAGCUCUUCAUCAAUGCCCGAAACUGGACCCAGGAAGGAGCCUGCUAAGCAGGCCAGGGAGGAGGCUCACCCGGAACUCAAGUUGUCUGUAGGAUAUCUGCUGCUCUUUCCUUCCAUCACCUGCAGGAGCGCCCUAAAUAUUUCCAGAUCUAUCUUGGAUAGACAAGGACUAAAAUGCC